GGCAGAACGUCCCGCAGAGGAGGCGGCAGCGCCGUCGACGUCCGUCCACCCGUUCAGUUUUGGGUCUUUACCCCGGCGCCGGUCGGGGAGCGUCGCGAGCGGCCCAGGACGGCGGGGGAGAGGUCGGCGGCGAGCCGCAUGGCGGGCCCGGCGUCCCUGCGGGGCCUCCUCCGGGCCCCCGCCCCGGGCGGCCUGGUCCUCCGGUCGGUGUCGGACGACGUCUACCGCAACCUGGCCCUGGAGGACUGGGUCCACGAGCACGCCGACCUGGAGGGCCGCCCGGUGCUGCUCCUGUGGAGGAACUCGCCCAGCGUGGUCGUGGGCCGGCACCAGAACGCCUGGCGGGAGUGCGACCUGCGGCUGCUGAGGGAGCGGGGCGUGCGGCUGGCGCGGAGGAAGAGCGGCGGCGGGGCCGUCUUCCACGACCUGGGCAACGUCAACCUGACCUUCUUCACCACCCGACGGGAGCACGACCGCCGGGCCCACCUGGGGCUGGUGGCGGGGGCCCUGCGGGCCCUGCAGCCCCGCCUGGCCGUGACGGCGACGGAGCGGGGCGACCUCCUGCUCGCCGACGGCCGCAAGGUGUCCGGGGCGGCGGCCCGGCUGGGCCGCACGGCCGCCUAUCACCACUGCACCCUGCUGUGCGCCGCCGACCGGGCGCUGCUGGCCGCCGUCCUGGCGGGCCGCACGGAGGGCCUGGCCUGCCGCGCCACGCGCAGCGUCCCCGCCCCCGUGGGGAACCUGCGGGAGGCCGACCCGGCCCUGACGUGGGAGCGGGUGGCGGGGGCCGUGGCGGCCGCCUUCGCCGCCGCCCGCCGGGCCCCGGGGGACGUGGUGCCGGUGGACCCGGCCGACGAGGCGGCCUUCCCCGGGAUCGGGCGCGGCGCCCGCGAGCUGGGCGCCUGGGACUGGGUCUACGGCCGCAGCCCCCCCUUCCGCCUGCGCGCCGACGUCCCGGUCCCGCCCGGGGGCCCGGGGGCCCCGCGGGUCGGGGUGGACGUGGCCGUGCGGGCCGGGCGCGUCGAGGCCUGCCGCCUGCGCCCGCCGCCGGCCUGGCUGCCCGCCGAGCUGUGCGACGAGCUGGCCGCCGGCCUGGCCGGCCGCCGCUUCCGCCCCGGCGAGGCGGCGCGCGUCGCGGCCCCCGGCCUCGCCCGCCACGACGGGGAGGUGGGGAGGAGGUGGAGCCUGCUCUGCCGCUCCCUGGACGCCCUCAUGUGACCCGGCGCCGCGAGCGGAGGGCGGGGGCCCAACGCGGCUCCUCCGGGGGGAGAGACCGCGUCCGCCCCGGAGCCGGCGGGAGAGGGCGACCCCGUCCUCCGGCGCGGGGCGAGCGACGUGGAGGAACCGCUUUCGCGCUCCGUUUUUCGGGCGCCGCCGGACGACAAAUAAAAGCACGGAUCCAUCGG